CUCUAGAUCUGUUUCUGCAUGUAAUGAACCCUUGACUAUGAGUUGGGCUUGUCCGUAGACUCUAAUGUUAGAGUCGAGGCCUAUCUCGGCUCGGGCCCAAAGAUGCGCCACCGCGCACAGAAAAAUCAUGUGGUAUGGACACCAGAAGUAAGAAUGAGAUCCCAUGCGCGACCCACUGACUUAGAUAUCCACUGCCAAAACGGUUCAUGGUACAGGGUAUAGGGCAAGUCCAAGAAAAGGUCACCCUAGAAGAUUCCCAUUCAGCCGUUGGACUGAACUGGUACUGUAACACAGUAUGGAUGGUCAAUAUGAAGCAAGCUUCAUCGAAUUCCUCCAAGAGCUCUGAACUCUGUUCUGAUCAUUUUGAAGAUGCUUGCUUUGACAGGACUGGGCAAACGAUUCGUCUAAGACAGGAUGCUGUCCCAACCACAUUUAAUUUGCCGCCUCGUCAUCAGAAGAAUGCACACAAACCAGGGAAACCCUCGAAAGAAAGUCAUUUAGAUUCAGCAAGCAACCUCCCAGAUACUGCAAAGACACCUGUACCAAAGUCUUCAGCACCUUCCCUGGGACUACUACUCAAUGCCAAAAAUCUAAGAGGGAUGGAGACCAGCAGCAUGGCAGCAGGAGCUAAUGUUGGUCGUGAUGAGGCAUAUACCACCAUCAACAAUGCUGCAAUUGCAGUCACCACCACCAAGUCUGCUUCUGUCACUGCCAUCACCAUUGCCACCGCCAUUACCAAGACCACUCCUGACACAAAGCCCCCAAGUCCUCAACUGACCAGAUAUUGCAGCUGGAGAAGGAUAUACCAGGAACUUCAAAGCCAGGGCUUGCCAGUCUCCUACAAUAAGAAAAAUGCCAUGGGCCCAUCUAAUGAACUAGUAGUAGAAUAUUUGGCCACAGUUGUAGAAAUGCAGAGACUAACAUACUGCCACAGGUGAGGUUUUGUCCACAGUUCCAGAAGGACACAAAAUAGUAUCAGAAAGUCAUGCCAGAAUCAACAACUGAAGGGUUUGAAGAGCCAGAUAAAGAGCCGAGAAAUGUGAUUUAAAGGUACUUCAAUCACAUGCACAGUAGGAGCAAAAACAGCAGCAAACACACAGGAGAUGUAACACUACAUUGACCAACAACUACAGCAGCAUCAACAAUUUCUGCAGGAGAUGCAAAAACCACACUGGCAACCUCAACAACAUCAAGGUGUCCAAGCACUCCGGGAACGUUAACAGCAACCACAGCUUCAGCUGGAGUUUCAACAAACACAUCAGAAAAAAACCAACAGCAGCAAAAAAAACACUUAUGAAUAAUGAAAUGAAUCUAAUUGAAACUCAAAAGCCAAUGACGCAACAUCUUUGACAAACUGAGACAAUUAUUCAUUCUUUUACAGGAUAAAGAAAUACUUUUUUAAAGUGUAAAUUUGCAGGAACACAAUGGAUGUUCCUAUGUAUCUAUUUAAUGAAAUAAAUUUGACUUUAAUAAAUUCAGUAAAUUCAAUUCAAUAAAUUUAGUGAUUCAAUAAAUAUCUACUUUUAUUUGUCAAUGAGUGAAAAUACCUGUAUUUUCUAUUUAGAAUGACAAAAAGCAAUUUAUCAAUUCAAUAUCAUCAAAAACUUUAGCAAUAUGGUUGUUAGGCCCUCCAAAUUGUUGAUAUUUUGAUGAAAAAGCCGUUUCUGCUGCAAUAUUUGAUGCAACUCAAAUAGAUCAAAUAUUGUCGCAGAAAUUGUCAUUUGCCCCUGAAAGUAUCUGCGGCAAAUAUUUGACGCAGCUCAAAUAGCUGCAUCAAAUAUUGCCGCAGAAAUUGUCAUUUGCCGCUGUUUUGAGAUUUGCCGCAGAAAAUGGGAGUUGCCGCUGCGGCAAAUGUUUUAUGAAACGGGCCCCAGGUCAAUCAAAAUAUUUUCGAAUUCGUGCUGGUGAGCAACACGUUCACUCCCAGCGAUAG